ACCAGGAAACGGACAAGUGUUUUCAAUCCAGCUGCUUCCUUAAUCUUUACAGCACAGAAGAAACUAAGCCUUUAAGACUUUAUGGACUGACUUAUCAAUGAUGAUAGAAAACCAAGUGGAACAUGUGGUCUCCACAGCUCAGGAGUGUCAGAAUGGGAUCUCUAUGGACCUCUUCCUGCAUCUUUCACUCAUACCAGCUGUGCUGAUUGUAGGGAUACUCUCAUUCCUUCAGAAAAGAACCCAGAGACUGGGCAUUGACCACAGACUGCCCUUCCUGAGGGGACGUUUUGCCAUUGUAGUGCCUUUGGAUACUAUAGGUAGCCUCAGUAAUCGUUGGUCCUAUGGAUUUGCAUUUGGUGCCGUGUCCUCCACCGUCCUGCUGCUCUUCUCUGAACGGUACAUCCCGUUCACUGUCCCACCCUGGGCUAGAGCUAUAGUGUAUCUGAUUGGAGCUUUAGAGGUGGGCCUGGCCUAUUUCCCUUUCUUUGCCUGCCUGUCCACACCUUUCAGAGCAGCUGGGGCAGUCCUGGGAAUACUCUACUCUCUGUCCUGGAUCAUCGUUACAGUCUGGGAUAUGUUCACCUGUCCUGGUGGUAAGAUUCUGGGUAAAUACCAGAAGAUUAUUUUCGAGUGGCCCUGCGUCCUCUCCCUCAUCUUCCUGUUGGGUCGAUUUUCCUACAUGUUGGUUAAAGCUGUUCGAAUACAUCUGCAACUGGAACAGGAGGACCCGGAAGAGCUGAUUGAGCAACACCAGAUGCUGCAUGUUAAGAGCCUGCUGAGGAAAACACCUGCACGCAGUAAGCCCCUCAGCUGGUUCCAGCGCAGAGUGUAUGAGUGGGACCCCUACUUCAAGUUCCCCAACAGGAUCAUCGGCACUACCAUUAUAUCCCUUAUAGGCCUGUAUACGAUGACCCUGGUAGACUACAAUCUCAGCAAUGUGGUUUUUGACAAAGCAGAGAGUUGGAAGAAUACACUCAAAGAGCUGGUUACUUCUUGUAACCAGACUGAAGCUCUGGGCACCUUGAUACCACAGCUAGAAGAAUUCAUCGAUGUGGCCAGGAAGGCUUGGCUCGCUACCACCAUCUUUGCUAGUCUCAACACCUUGGCCUACACCUUCCAUGUCUUGAAAUGUUACAGAAAACACUUGAAGAGACUGUGGAAAGGGCAGAAGAGUUUUCUCCCUGAGAAGUUUCACAACCCUAGCCCUGCUGUCAGCGUAGCUUCCAUCACAAGAUACUCUGGGUGGCAAAUAGCGUUCACGCUAUGGGGCUACCUGAUUGUCCAUUUUAUCCACUUCCUGUUUGCUCUGCUGUUCGUCUAUUUGCUGGUUCUUCCUAUACAGCAUGGGAGAGUACUGAGCCUGCUCAGCAACCUGGGAAUUAUACUUCUGACCAUCGGUCUGGUGAUGGCCCUGGUGAUUCUCCAGAUUAUUCUGGUUCAGAUCUUCUUCCUUCAGGACAAAAUGUCUCCUACCGAUAAAAACAAACCUCUGGCUCUCAACAACAGGAAGGCGUUCCACUGCUUCAACUACUUCUUCUUUUUCUACAACGUGGUGAUGGGAAUCAGCAACUGCAUAUUGAGGUUGCUGUGCAGCAUUGUGGUGGGAACAUGGCUGGUGUCCCGCAUAGACCGGACCAUUAUGCAGAGAGGAUAUGAAGGCAUGGAUGCAGGCUACAGUACUUGGAUUGGGAUGAUCUUUGCUGACCACUACCAUAAUAAUCCAGUCAUGGUGUGUUUCUGCCAGCUGCUGGUCUCCAAAACGCCAGAGAAACAAACUGCAUCUUCAUACUCCACAUUCAGCAACACGCCAUCUGAGUCCUCUGUGAAUAGCCGUGCCAGGAGGCGUUGGAUGUUGUUCUAUUGUUUACUGAGGAACCCUCAUCUGAUCCUACUCAGAAAGCACCACCUCUCCUCAUCUUCAUCACUACAGACACCAUCAUCUCACCAGUCAGAAGCAGUGGUGCACGCCUGGGUCAUGGCAUCUCAAACACAGAGUCGCCAGGCAGUGUCACAGUCACCACCGGAGAUCAUUGUCACACCAGCAGAAAACUGUUGAAGAAACAUUUUUCAUUGAUUAUGAUCUCAUUAAAAAUUUAUUAUUGGAGGAACUCAAUGUUGUAGAAGGAGAACUGACAAGUUUUCAAGUUUUUUCAAAGGCUGACAUUUCAAAAAGGUUUGGCAAAGUCAAUGAAGCUGAUGCUGUUUCUUGUCACCAAAACAUACUUCACUGACAGCACUCCUAAGGGAAACACUAACAUCUGACUGACAAGAUAUCAUUUAAUUAAUAUGAUCAAUUAUUUGCACAUAAUCAUAAGCUUUAACAUCUAUUCCACAAAUAGAUAUCUCUCUCUCAACUUUUUUUAUUUGUUCAAAAUUUCUUGAGCUGCACAACACAAUUAAUCUGCACUGAACUACACAGUCAUUCUAGGUUUGUGUCAUAAAAUGUAAACUGGUAUAUAAAUAUUUAUGCAUGCUGCUGUAUAUUCUCAAUAAACUUUUGGACAAAGAAAAAAAAAAGACUUGUAUUUGAACACUGUAAAUAUAACUUUGCUGGACAAGCAA